AUGCUCGGCUUCCGCCCCCUAUCGGUGGGCAAGAGGAAAGCCCAGUCGUAUAACCAGGCGCCCAGUGCCGAGCGCGACAUCGAAGAGGGCGAGUACAACGAAAAGGCACAUGAAAGCGACGGCUACGAGAACUACAUGUCGUCGGGCACAUCGAGCCCCUCAUCCUCACGGCAAUCCUCGGGCGCAUACGAUCAAAACCCCAACAAUAUCGAAUCACGGCCCCUCCGUCGGCCCUCGAGAUCCCACCGGCGAGCGCCCUCCAGACCGACGGUGAGCGCAUACAGCUACAGAAACCCGCGGGCGUGCACAAGAUACUUUGGCCUGAUCGUAGCGAGCACCCUGCUAUUCUUCAUAUGGUUCCUAUUCAGCAGCAGUUGGGCGUCGAUACGAAAUGCAGAGCUCGGCCUCAACAGGCCGCCACCGCCGCCCAACGUGUGGGAGAGCUUCCCCUUCUUGAAGAGAUACCACGGCGGCAUCCGGUCGCUCGUCAGCCGCGAAAAGAACGUCCCCGAAUACCCCACCAAACAAGACAUCGACCCCGAGCUGCCGCCCGAGGAGCCCAAGGAGGGCGCAAAAGAGCGGAGAGGGCAGGGUGCACAUAUCCCCGACUCGAUACCCUUUGACCCGUACCCCGACUACAGCGACGUGGAUUACACACAGAAAUACGGGCCCGUCGAGACAUGUUACAUUGACGCCAGCGACACCAUCAAGGUGCCAGGGCUGCGGGCAUACAAGGGCGUCCCCGAUGGCAUGCCCGACAACGUCAUUGGAAGCUAUGACCUACUAGGGCUGAGGAAUGACGUCUGUUUCGAGCGCUUUGGCAGACUGGGUCCGUACGGCCUGGGCUACAGCAAGCGCCGCGGCGGCACUGGCGCUGGCAUGGAGGGCGAUCGAGAAGGAAUCGAGGAUGUCUGGAAGACGGACGCUGAGGUCGACUUUCGCACGGUCAACUGGGCCGAUGCUGUCAGUCGAUGCUUAGAAAAGAACAAGAAACGUUUUGAGAAGCAACCCAAAAGCACUCGCCAUAGCUUCCAGAAUAUGGGCAAGCGUGACGCAGAUGUCAAGACAGCGAGUUCUGACGAUGCACCGCCCAAGCAGUCAAAAGCGCCGCACAAGGCUCGUCUCCCGCGUACCGCAGUACUCCUCAGAACAUGGUGGGAUUACGAAUACGACGACGAGGACAUCAUGUACCUUCGCGCUCUCAUUUCCGAGCUCAGCCUGGCUUCGGGAGGCGAAUACGAGGUGCACUUCCUCAUCCAUGUCAAGGAUGACAACAAGCAAAUCUGGGCUGAUGAGCAGGUCUACCAGGAAGUGCUCAACAACUCGCUGCCUGCUGAAUUCGCCGGUAUGGGCACUCUAUGGUCAGAACGCCAAAUGGGGCUGAUCUACGGAGGUCUUGAAGAGUCCUUCUUCCGCGACCGACCAGUCCAUGGUGCCUACCGCUCUACCUUUAUGCCCGUAACGUACUUUGCCCACCAGCAUCCCGAGUACGAAUACUUCUGGCACUGGGAGAUGGAUGUUCGGUACACUGGACACUAUUACCAUCUCUUUGAGCAAGUCUCCAAAUGGACGGCGGCCCAACCUCGUAAAGGACUAUGGGAGCGCAAUGGACGUUUCUAUGUACCCUCAGUCCACGACUCUUGGGAGGAUUUCAAGCAGAUGGUGCGCGUGCAGACCGAGCAUGGCACCAACAGCCACGCAAACAGGUGGUCUUCGCACCUCCCACCCAACCCGCAUGUCCCGGGCCCAGAGAUGCAGAAGCCCGAAAAACCAAUUUGGGGACCAGAGCUUCCGAAUGAUUACCCAGACAUUGAAAUCGACCCCGCGGUAAAGCCCAACACCACUAUUACCGAGGACAAGUAUGAAUGGGGUGUGGGCGAGCCUGCAGAUCUCAUUGUAUUCAAUCCUCUGUUUGACCCCGACAAGACCAACUGGAUUCUAGCAGACGACGUCACUGGCUACGACAUCAAAAAUGGCCGCCCGCCACGACGAACGGCUAUCAACACUUCCGGCCGCUUGUCAAGGCGACUCUUGGAGACCAUGCACCGCGAGCAAUCACACUUCCGCCAUACCAUGUUCAGUGAGAUGUGGCCUGCCUCGUGCGCCUUGCACCAUGGUCUCAAAGCCGUAUAUGCACCUCACCCUGUUUUUAUCGACCGCAAAUGGCCCACACAGUACCUUGCUGCUAUCUUCAACAACGGCCGUAAUGGCGCAUCAGGCGGAGCUCGUCUGUCAGUCUUCUCAGACGAGAGGCAACAUAACUUUCUGGGUACAACCUGGUACUACCACGCUGGCUUCGCGCCCAACUUGUGGAAGCGCUGGCUCGGCUACAAAGUCGACAAUGACGGCGGCGAGGAGCAUGAGCUUGCUCACGAAGGCCGCAUGUGUCUUCCCGGGGUGCUACUGCAUCCAGUCAAACACGUUGAUUUGAUACAAGAGCGAGUUGAGGAUUCCCCAGACAAGACUGACUAAGGUCCCGACAUGGCGAGAAUGAUGUUUGCAAUGACGGCACUUGGUGUAAAGGCGCAAUGGGUUUAUUGGUACGUUGCUGUGAGUAGCGUUUGAUUCUUGAUGUAAACGACUAGACAUGAUGUUGCCAUUCGUGUUGUGUAAUGGUAUAUAUGAGUAGCAUUAGAAAGGCGCUUUUCGCUUUC